AUGCACGGGAGUCUGUUUGUGCUGCUUGUGUUGUCAGGGCUCUUCUGGAGCAGUUCGGCUCUUUCUCGUCAGUACCACUAUAUAAAUGCGAGCAUGUCGUGGCCAGAGGCUCAGAGUUUCUGCAGAGAGAGAUUCACCGAUCUGGCUACUGUAGACAGCAUUGCUGAUGUGAACAGGCUGGUAAAUAUAGUGGAUGCUGGAUACAAUGGAUCAGUGUGGAUUGGACUGAAGAAGGGGACACAGAAACGCUGGGGUUGGUCUAACGGAGAUGCAUUCGGUCAGUACAGUAACUGGGCCAGCGGUGAACCACAGAGUGCAAACGACUGUGCUAUGAUUUCAGUUAUUAUAUGGAGGAGUUAUGGAUGCUCAUAUUCCACUCGCUUUUCAUGUUACAAUGGUGACACUGGACACCUCAGGAUAGAUUUGUCGAAGAAUUGGACUGAUGCUCAGAACUACUGCAGAAUGUAUCACACAGAUCUGUCCACCAUGCACAACAGAGAGGAUUCAUCUCGUGUACAUAAACUUGCUAUAUAUCCAGAGGUUAUGUGGGUUGGUCUGUUCCAGGACUCUUGGGAAUGGUCUGACAACUGUAGCCGCUUCUUCAGAUACUGGGCAGCAGGUCAACCAUCCAAGAGUUCAGGAUCUGGUGACUGUGUUGGCAUGUCAAGAAAUAAUUCUGGGAAAUGGACUCAACACAGAUGUGAUCUACGGCAGCCUUUUGUCUGCCAUGGAGGUGAACUAUUGCCUUAUAUAUACCACUAUAUAAAUGCGAGCAUGUCGUGGCCAGAGGCUCAGAGUUACUGCAGAGAGAGAUUCACCGAUCUGGCUACUGUAGACAGCAUUGCUGAUGUGAACAGGCUGGUAAAUAUAGUGGAUGCUGGAUACAAUGGAUCAGUGUGGAUUGGACUGAAGAAGGGGACACAGAAACGCUGGGGUUGGUCUAACGGAGAUGCAUUCGGACAGUACAGUAACUGGCUCAGCGAAAGCACUGGACACCUCAGGAUAGAUUUGUCAAUGAAUUGGACUGAUGCUCAGAGCUACUGCAGAAUGCAUCACACAGAUCUGUCCACCAUGCACAACAGAGAGGAUUCGUCUCGUGUACAUAAACUUGUUAUAUAUCCAGAGAUUAUAUGGUUUGGUCUGUUCCAGGACUCUUGGGAAUGGUCUGACAACUGUAGCCGCUUCUUCAGAUACUGGGCAGCAGGUCAACCAUCCCAGAGUUCAGGAUCUGGUGACUGUGUUGGCAUGUCAAGAAAUAAUUCUGGGAAAUGGGCUCAACACAGCUGUGAUCUACGGCAGCCUUUUGUCUGCCAUGGAGAUGAAAAGUUUGCUAGAAAACAGACUGUCAAACUGAAAUUGUCCUGUAAUGGAAAAUGCGCAUUGAAUGAUCGUUCAGUACAGACGGCCAUUCUGAAUGAGAUAAGUGAAAAGCUGAAGAGCAUGGGGCUGGGAAAUGACAGCAAAAUAAGCUGGAGAAGGGUUGAAGGUGAAGAGGUGUUUCAUGAAGAGAUCAACCGUAUGCCCAAUUCUAAUAAUAUAUGUAGAGGACCGUAA